AGUUUUCUACUACUACGCCGGUCCUCUCCCAUAUCGUAAUAUUGUGGAAGUGCACCGCGACGCCGGCUAUACUAAGUCUUGGUAACGAUUAUAACGCACUGGCAUAAUUGUACCGUUUGGGCGCCACUUUCGAGGCACUCCGUCGUCGAUCUGCCAGAAAAACAGCUAAAACAGCUGAACAGCUAAACAGCUCAGAAUUAGGUGAGCUUUGUGUGCCGUCGACCGUCGUCACUCAAUCAAGUCUCUCGCGCUCGCUCAAGUUCGCCAAUUUUUAUCCGAAUCCGAAUCCGAAUUUUUUUCCAACAUUUUUCGACGCUUUCACGUUCUAGUUUCUUUUUUCAUCGUCGUCGUCGUCGUGGCCGCCGGAUUUACCCGCCGUUUACACGUUUAAAUAUUUCGUUAUAUAACGUCGUCGUCCUCGUUAUUAUAUUUUUUUGUUAAAUUGUUCUUUUUUUUUACCACUCGCCAAGCUCGCCAUCGGUCGUUUUGUUAAAUUUUUUCAAUUUGUCGACAUCCUCGGCCCCUGCCUGCGGUUCGCAUGAUUUAAAGUAAGCAGUGCGUUGUGCGACGUUUCAAGUUCGCGAUUUUGUUCGCUAUACCUUAUACUGCAAAGGAGGAAGCAAAAAAAAAAAAAAUUUCCAUCUUUGUCAAUCUUGCUCUACCCAAAAUACACACACACGUAUUAUACCUUGUAUAACCCACACACACACAGCGUUCGUGAGUAAUUUGUUGUUUGUUGUUAAUAUCUGUAUAUCCAGGCACCUGUACCCAGUUCGGUGUUCCAUCCAACGAUGACGUCGACGUAUCAUCAUUCGUAGAAUCAUUGUUGAAUUUUGUUCGCUGCUGUUUACCGGUAAGUGAAUGUUAUUUCAUUUACAAAAAUGACGACGAGAAGUCUAUGAGCAUUCCGUCUGCGUGGGAUUGCAUCGAAAUACCAAUCAGUAGAGCGGCAGUGCAGGUGCAGAGCAGGUGAAAGGCGAUGGCGAUGAUAGACGGUCGACCUGCUCAAUAUGGGAUUUCCCUCAAGCACCUGCGGGAGUUGAUGGAAUUGAGAGGGCGGGAAGGAAUAGCAAAAUUAAACGAAUAUGGUGGAGUUCAAGAAUUAUGUAAAAAAUUAUACACAUCGCCCAGCGAAGGUUUAAGUGGAUCUCAAGCUGAUUUGGAACAUCGUAGAGAAACAUUCGGUUCCAACACUAUUCCUCCAAAACCCCCAAAAACGUUCCUUCAAUUAGUCUGGGAAGCUCUCCAAGAUGUAACACUUAUCAUUCUAGAAAUAGCAGCUGUAGUUUCAUUAGUUCUAUCAUUAUACAAACCGGCAGACGAAACUGCUGGUCCUCGACCAGAGGAUGAAGAAACGAAGCACGGGUGGAUCGAAGGUUUAGCUAUAUUAAUAUCGGUCAUAGUGGUAGUAUUUGUAACUGCAUUUAACGAUUACACCAAAGAAAGGCAGUUUAGAGGAUUACAAAAUCGUAUCGAAGGCGAACACAAAUUUUCGGUGAUAAGACAAAGCGAAGUGAAGCAGAUAUCCGUUGGUGAUAUCGUAGUCGGUGAUAUUUGCCAAAUUAAAUAUGGUGAUUUGCUACCAGCAGACGGUUGUUUAAUUCAAAGUAAUGACUUGAAAAUCGACGAGUCUUCGCUGACCGGCGAAUCGGAUCAUGUCAAGAAGGGUGAAUCGUUCGACCCGAUGGUGCUGUCCGGUACGCACGUCAUGGAGGGUAGCGGUAAAAUGAUAGUAACGGCUGUGGGUGUUAAUUCUCAAGCCGGUAUUAUCUUCACUUUACUGGGUGCCGCCGUCGAUGAACAAGAGCAAGAAAUUAAAAAGAAGCGAAAAGAAGCCAAAAAACAGCGCAAGAAGAAGAGCUUACCAGGAGAUGAAGAAGCAGCCCUCGGAAACAGUCAUCCACGAAGCGCAGCCCCUAAACCCGUCGAUGGCACAAAUCGAGCUCCAGUGGUUGACGGUUCAGCUCCGGCUCCAUCCAGUGAACGCACCGAGGAACCGGAACGAAAAGAGAAAUCCGUUUUGCAAGCCAAACUUACCAAAUUGGCUAUUCAAAUCGGAUACGCGGGUUCUACGAUCGCUGUUUUGACCGUUAUAAUUCUCGUCGUACAUUAUUGCGUCGAGAAUUUCGUCAUCAAAGGAGAAAAAUGGUCGGAUAAAUUCAUCGAAGAGUUCGUCAGGUACUUCAUCAUCGGUGUGACAGUAUUAGUCGUUGCUGUCCCUGAAGGUCUUCCUUUGGCUGUUACACUUUCGCUGGCCUAUUCAGUCAAGAAAAUGAUGAAAGAUAACAAUUUGGUGAGGCAUUUAGACGCUUGCGAAACUAUGGGUAAUGCGACGGCAAUUUGUUCCGAUAAAACAGGAACGUUGACGACAAACAGAAUGACGGUAGUACAAUCUUACAUUUGCGAAGUGCUCAGUAAAUCAACGCCGCAAUUUUCAUCGAUACCACCAAACGUUGGUAAUUUAAUCGUUCAAGCUAUAUCGUUAAAUUCAGCGUACACUUCUCGCAUAAUGCCACCCGAUGACCCUACCAGCGAGUUACCAAAACAAGUAGGUAACAAGACGGAAUGCGCUUUAUUAGGAUUCGUCUUAGCUCUUGGUAAAAAUUAUCAAACUUGGAGAGACGAUGUGCCAGAAGAGGCUUUAACCAGAGUCUACACGUUUAACUCAGUGAGAAAAUCCAUGAGUACGGUUAUACCCAGACAAGGAGGAGGAUACAGGUUAUUUACAAAAGGUGCUUCUGAAAUCGUAUUGAAAAAGUGCUCAUUUAUCUAUGGUCGAGAUGGUACAUUGGAGAAAUUCACCAAAGACAUGCAAGACAGAUUGGUUCGAAAUGUGAUCGAACCUAUGGCCUGCGAUGGCCUUCGUACCAUUUCAAUCGCCUAUCGUGAUUUUGUUCCUGGUAAGGCUGAAAUCAAUCAGGUGCACAUAGACUCCGAACCAAAUUGGGAUGACGAAGAUUACAUAGUCAGUAAUCUAACAGCAUUAUGCGUUGUCGGUAUCGAAGAUCCAGUUCGUCCUGAAGUUCCGGACGCUAUCAAAAAAUGCCAAAGAGCUGGUAUCACAGUUCGAAUGGUGACCGGUGAUAAUAUUAACACUGCCAGAUCUAUCGCCUCCAAAUGCGGUAUAUUGAAGACGGGCGAAGAAGGUCUUAUUUUAGAAGGCAAAGAGUUCAAUCGACGGAUAAGAGACGCGAACGGUGAGGUUCAGCAACAUUUACUCGAUAAAGUAUGGCCUCAUUUGAGAGUACUUGCCAGAUCAUCGCCGACUGAUAAGUACACUUUAGUGAAAGGAAUGAUCGACAGUAAAGCCAACGAUAAAAGAGAGGUGGUAGCUGUAACAGGAGAUGGUACAAAUGACGGUCCAGCUUUGAAAAAAGCUGACGUCGGUUUCGCUAUGGGCAUUGCCGGCACAGAUGUGGCGAAAGAAGCAUCUGAUAUUAUAUUGACUGAUGAUAAUUUUAGCAGUAUCGUAAAAGCUGUCAUGUGGGGGAGAAACGUAUACGACAGCAUUGCAAAAUUUCUACAAUUUCAGCUGACUGUAAACGUAGUUGCAGUAAUCGUCGCGUUCAUUGGCGCAUGCGCAGUUCGUGACAGUCCUCUAAAGGCUGUACAAAUGUUAUGGGUUAAUUUAAUUAUGGAUACGUUGGCGUCGUUAGCUUUGGCUACUGAAAUGCCAACACCAGACUUAUUGCUAAGAAAGCCUUAUGGUCGAACAAAACCUCUAAUUUCCAGAACUAUGAUGAAAAACAUCAUAGGUCAAGCUUUUUAUCAAAUUACCGUCAUAUUUACAUUAUUAUUUAUCGGUGAUGUAUGGCUGGACGUUCCUACCGGAAGAGGUGCCGAGCCGAAUGCUAAGCCGUCUCAACAUUUUACCAUAAUAUUUAAUACAUUCGUUAUGAUGACUUUGUUCAAUGAAAUAAACGCUCGAAAAAUCCACGGACAACGUAACGUUUUCGAAGGUUUUUUUUCUAAUCCUAUUUUUUAUUCAAUUUGGAUCGGUACCGUAGCAUCUCAGGUCGUCAUCAUCCAAUUCGGAGGUCAAGCUUUUUCUACUGCGGAAUUAUCCUUAGAACAAUGGCUGUGGUGCAUAUUCUUCGGCGUAGGCACUUUAUUAUGGAGUCAAGUAGUUACCACGAUACCGACCAGAAAAUUACCAAAAUUACUUUCAUGGGGUCGUGGUCAUCCCGAACAAUAUACCGAGGCUAUCGCUCUCGGGGAAGAUAAAUUCGACCCGGAUGCCGACAAGAAGCCGAGAGCGGGUCAGAUUUUAUGGAUAAGAGGAUUAACGCGUUUACAAACUCAGGUGAUAGGCGGUGAAUUGCAAGAACGUUUGAUACCAGUCCCAUACAGCAAGAGUUCUACUGAUCAAGCUAUUCGAGUGGUUAACGCAUUUCGCCAAGGCUUAGACGCUCGUUACGGCGAAUCGCUGGCCGAAGUAUUACGAAAACAGACAUCGCUAAGCAAACGACUCUCGCAAACGUCUUCGCUCGACUACGUGGAUAACGUUCAAGACUCAGAGCUGAUGAUUCCAGAACUAGAUGUAGAAAGACUUUCAUCACACAGUCAUACAGAAACAGCUGUAUAAUGUACAUUCUCAUUACAUAGAUACCUACCUAUAAAAAUAUCGUACUUUCAUCACACAUUUUCCAAUGCCUCCGAUGCGCAUUUCGACUUUUCUUUGCGCUGAUUCGGGCGCAAACAAUGUUGAUAUUUGGGAGUGAUUCGAAAAAAAAAAGUUUUUUUUUUAAAUAAAAAAAAAAAUUACCUAUAAUUUAAAAAAAGCGAGUUUAGUAACCAUUAAAUUUAAAUUUAAAAAACAAAAUGAAUUAAUUAGUGCCAUGGUAAAGUUUAAGUAUUUAGGAUCUAAAAAAAAAAUGUUUAAAAAAACUAGACGUAGAGGGGUUAUACGUACAUUGCGAUCGUGUAUUCACUUUUGUUUUUUUCUUUCUUUUGUUUUGUUUUUUUUUCUUUUGUUUUAGUUUAUAAUCUUCCUUUAUUAAUAUUUCUUUUUAAGUAUUUCUCUUUGUAUUACAUUUUACCUAUUUACGGGUGUACUUGAUAGUUGUAAAUUUUAAGUACAGGCAUUUCUUAUUUAUAACUUCGAUUCUUUUUUCCUACAAAUAUUUUAAUUUUUCUUCUAUUUUAAUGUUACCUCUUAUAUAAUGUAUUUAUUUGUAAAUAAUGUAGAUUAUAGUCGACUUUUUUUUUUUCAUUUUAGCGGACUCGAACACCAUCGUUUACGUAUGAGUGCUUAUAUCAUUGUAAAUUUUUUGUAUAAUUAGCGGGGAGUAUGAAUAAAAUUCGAGUUGGCAUCUUUCUUUAUACCGUACCCCCUCCGUUUUUUUAAAUUUCAUAUUCGCGUGUGCCACGAGGUGAAAAAAAAUUCUUAUAUUAUAUAAGUUGAUACUUAUAAUUGCUCAAUUUUAUUCAUACAAGCCUAUUACGUUUAAUAUUUUAAGCGUUUUUUUUUUCGAAUUUUAAAAAUGGAAAAAGAUCCGGAUUUUUAUUCUUUCGACUGCCUAGAGAUAUAUGUUUUCCUUUUUAAUAGCGUUUUCAACGGUUACCCUCGUUUUAAACCUGCAGCUUCAAUACACAGGCUUUGUUUUCAGAUCGCGGUGCAAUUUUUUUUUAAAUUGGUAUUGUAGCCUUAGGAUGAGAAUUCGUUCGCGAUAGAACGAGAUUAUAAUUACUGAAGUUGGUAUGAAAUUUUUGCAAAGGUCGAUGAUGUGAUUCGUCCAAAAGUUAUACGGUUCGAGGAUAUGAAUAAAGAAGAAAUGCCCGUUUACAAACAAAAAAACAAAAAAAUCUUUCGUUUUGAUGAAAAUGUUCGCAUCGAUUGUGAUAAUUUUACUUUUGAGGUUAAAUAAAAGUCGUGAUUUAUGACGAUUUAAGCUACGUACAUUUACUUACACACGUUGAAUACUCGAGAAUUAUACGAUGUUGUUUUUAUUUUUCUACAGAAUAAAAAUGAAAAAAAACUUUCAUUCGAACGAUUCUCGUAUAAUAAAUUUUGCACAAUUUGAUGAGUAUAUAAAUAAAUGAAAAUUUAACACCAAAAUUCUUCUAUUGGCAUUUAAAAUAUAUAACUUAUCGUGUAUUUUAAAACGUGAUGAAUGAAACUCGGUGUAAAAGUACUUUAUCGGGGAAAAUUUAAAUUUAAAAAAAAAUCCAACAAUGAUGUACACAAGACUACGAGAUGCUGCACUGCCAAAGUAUUUAUUUUUAAUUUUCAUUGUAUGUGUACUUGAAUUUUACCUUUAUAAUUAUUUACGUAAAAAAAAAAGAACAAGUAAUCGAAUCAUUAACGGAAGUAAAAUUUGAACGUUUUAAUAUUUUUCAUCAUUCGUUUAUACAUACAUAUAACGUACAUUUUAACUUAUAAAAAAUAUUAAUUACGUGUUUAGAAUCAUUUCAUUUUUACUAUCAUUACGAAUAUGUUUCGUUUAUAUUAUUGUUAUUUUUAUAAAAGUUAUCAUUAUCGUGUAAUUUAAUUGUUAUCGUUUUACUCUCUCUCCCUUAUUACUUGUGUAAUUUAAACAUUUAUAAUGACAAAAUUGUUAUUCCAAAUUCAGUUUUCUUCUAUAUAUUUUUUUUUCUUUCUUUUUUUUUAAUGAACAAAGGUAAUUUUUUUACGUCUAGUCAAGAGUGUUAGCGUAUUAAUGCUUUUCGAAUGUUAUAUUUUUCAGUAUUUAACAUUUUUGUUUUGUUUUUUUUUUUUUUUUUAAAUUAAUUGUUAAAUUUUUUUUCUUUUAAGCGUUAUUUUAAUUUAAGAAGGCUUGUAAUAUGGAUGUUUUUUCUCUCAGCAAACAUAAGGCAAUGCGAUACCAUUUUUUUAUAUUGUUCUAGUCACAGCGUAUUUGUUUUAAUAUGGGUUUUCCUUGUGCUAGGGCGGUGUGAAUGUUACCUCUCUGUGCAGUCGAUGGAGCCGCUGUAGUGAUGAUUUAAAGUUGAGUGAUUUAUUGUAUGAGUAGGGCGAGAUUGAUGAGAAUAAUUUGUUAAUGAAUGAGUUUGUUUUUUUCUUUUAAUUAUUAUGAAAAAAUUAUUUAUUGGGGCAUUUCUUUAGGAUAUUUUUACUGCUGAAUUGUUUUUGUGUUAUGUUUUGAAUUUAGAGAUUGUUUAAAAACUUGAAUUUUAUACUUACCUGUAGGUACCUAUUUUGUUUUGAAAAUUUAAAAAAAUAAUCACUCGUUGAAAAUUUCAGAAAAUUUUAAACUAUUGUCUCCCACUCCCAGGGACUGGAAAAAUGAUUGGACCUGAUCAGGUCAAAAUGCUGAUCUGAUCAGCAGAUGUGGUCAGAUCCAAUCAGAUCUUCCACAUUAAAUCUGAUCAUGGAUAAACAGAUCUAAUCCGAUCACAACUACAACCUGACUAAAUCUAAUCUGGUUCGGAUCUGAUCAGAUUCAAUCAAUUCCCACUGAACUAUUCAAUUUGAAAAAUAGAUUUAAAAAAAAUUGAAAUAAUAUAAUGAUCGGAGUUGUAUUCACAAAUGAAUCUGGAAACUCGGGUGGUGGGGGGGGAGAUUCGAUCUGAUAUCCUGAUCAGAUUAUGAAAUUAACUUUUGGCCCAUCUGGGCUGGGCAGAUCUGAUUUGAUAAGCAAUUAUCUUAUCUGAACAUAUAAAAUCAUAAUCAUUCUUAUCAGAUCUAAUCGUGACAUGUUUGAUUAGAUUUGUUCAGACUUACAGGACUUACUUUUCAGAUCAGAUCUGGAUAUUUCCUUGAUCCAAUUUGAUCUUACUACAGUAUUAUUAGAUCCAAUUGUUUUUCCUUUCCAUUUUCACCUGGAAAAUUAUUCUAUUCAAAAAAAUUUUCAAUUAACUUUGGUCUUUGAAGUUUGAACUUACCAAGUUUGCAAUUAAAUUUCCAAUUUUGAUCAGCGGUUUUCAUUUUCAAUGAAACUGAUAGCAACGAUAAUUUUCCUUUGAAAAUGAUAAUACAAAAAAAUACUACCUACCUAUAAUUUUAUCAAAUGACAAAUUAAUUCUAAUUGGCUAAAUAUUUGCAAUUUUUUGUUCAAAUAAUACAUACCUAAGUACAGCAAUAAUUAUUGUGAAAUUAUUAUUUUAAGGCUUUGUUAAGUACCUACUUAGAUUCUACCUAUGUAAUGUAUUUCAACUUGGAGGAACAGAAAGUUUAAUUUUGGUUUUGGUCAUCAGAAUUCCAUUCGAAUCUUCUUCUAAAUCAGUUCGGUAUCUGCCAUUCGAAAAUAAUUGGAUCUGAUUAGGCAUGGUCGGAUCAAAUUGGGUCCAGAAAAAUAUCAAGUGUCUUAUCAGAUCUAUUGAACCAAUUUCAAUCUAUGAAUCUAAAUCAGUAUCAUUCUUCUUAUCACAUCUUAUUUAAUCAAACUGGUUUGAACUUUGAACUUUUGAACUAAUCUGAAUCUGAGCUAAAUGAUAAGAUCUUAUCACUUUUUACUGGUCCAAUCAAAUCUACUUAAUUAAACCUGUUUAAAUCUACAUCGGUUUGUUCUCAUCAGAUCAGAUCUAAUCAAACCAGUUUGAACUGAUCUGAACAAAUCUGAUAAGAUAAGACAGAAGACUUCAUUACUUUUACAAGUCUUAUCAGAUGUAAUGUAGUCAAACCAGUCUAAAUUUAAAUAGAUCUCAGAUCUCAUUCUCAUCAGAUCUUUAAUCAAACCGAUUUGAACAACCAUCUGAUGAUAUCUUAUCACUUUUGACCAGUCUUAUCAGCUGUUAUCAUCAGAUCUAAUCAAACUCUAGUCUAAACAACUCUUAUCAGAUUUAAUCAAACUGAUCUGAGUUGAUCUGAAAUAAUAUGAUAAGAUAUUAUUUUUUUGUUGGUUGAUUGAUAUGAUAUCAGAUCUGAUCUGAUCAGCCCAUAUUUUAGUCAGACCUGCUCAAAUGAGGCCAAUUAUCUGACCUUAAUCAUGGAUCCAAUCUUUUUCCUCUUAGAAAAUGGUAGGACGUUCUAAAUCCCAAUCAUUGCGAACAAAAUCAACUACCUAGGUACUUAUCUAUUGUUUCUUUUGAGUUUCCAGAGAAGGGUUUGAUCGUUCAAAUUUACAAAGGAGAUGAGGAAAUAUUAUUCUAUGAUGAGCAUGAGUGUGAUGCGAAGAAAUGAAUUGAGUGAUCUUUAUAAUCAAUCAUGAUGUACAAUACAAUCUAUUGGUGAAAACAUAUUGUUUACUUAUCGAUUGUGAUAAAAUUUAUUAUUUAUCUCGAUGAAAAUAAAUGAAUUAAAAAUCUUUAAUCUUUCCAAAAUCGACGGUGAAUUAAAUUUUAAAAUUGAUUUUUUGUAAGACUAGGUAAACUUGAGUCGUAGGUAGCCAGGGGGAGGAUUUGGUCCGGAAAAUGGUAAUCUGGUCAGAAGAAAUCAUAUCUAUUCAGAAAAAGUAAUAAGAUCUGAUUCAUAAAUAUUUAAAUUUAAUUUGAAUCUCUUCGGUGUAUUCUCGAUCAAUCAAAUUAUUAUUCCAUUCAAAAGCAAUUCUAAAUUUUAUUCGAAGUUUUGUUUGCAUUUGUUGCGUCGUAGUACAGUAAAAGUUAGCUUUAGAAGCUACGUUAUGAAAAAUUGCUGAAAUGAGAGUAGGAUUAUCAUACCCAAUAUACUUUGGCACAGGGCUGUUAAUACGAAACGAAACGAAACGAAAGACACAAAACGAAACGGAAAAUUUUCCCUCUGGACACGAAAUGAGACACGAAACGAAACGAAUCAAAAAAAUUACACGAAACGAAACGUUAUAACGAAACGAAUCAUUUCUAUUUCUUCAAUUUUUGAUUUUUCAUUGCAAGUUUUUUUUGUAAAUUUCGGCCAAAUUUUGUCAAAUUCACUCAAAUUUCAUCCAUUUAGAGCCUCUAGAGGGGUUCUUGUCUUCAUUCAUUCAUGAAAAUGUCAGCUUUUCUCACUUUUUUGGCUGAAAGGAAACGAAACGAAACGACACGAAACGAAAUGAUACCACUUUAUGGAACGAAACGAAACGGUAUAACGAAACAGUUUGGUUCAAAGAGCUCAACCGAAACGAAACGAUACUUUUACGUUUCGUGUCUAACAGCCCUGCUUUGGCAUCAAGUGUUCCAACGGAGAUGGACAUUUAAUAUUCGGCGAUUAACUAUAGAUUAGUUAAGUAUUUUUGAUGAGCUUAUAAAUUGGCGAGAUUAUAGAUUUAUUUAGUGAUACCUAAAUAUUAAUACGAUAUGUCACAAGGAAAACCCUCAUACAAUAGGUACUGUUCGAACUCGUUAUUCCUAUUUUAUUUUAUCGACGACGAUAUUAUUCGAUACAUAGGUAGGUACGUCUACCUCGAAAAAAAUUCGCUCACCGGUAAAAAAAAAAAAAAAAAAUGCGUAUCAGCACGAACCAUAAGCUUUUAUUUACUCGUGAGAUGAACUUCCAACACUAUUAUGUAUUUUUUUGUACAUCUCCCAUCGAAAAAUUCGUAUACUCAUCGAACAAAAAUACAUACUUAUAGGUAUUCCUAAUCAAACCUAUGGAAUCUUCGAACUGCUAUUUUAAGUUUACACACCGCACAUGUAUAAAUUAAUAAUUUGUACAGCUUGAAUUUUGUAAUUUAUUUAUACUAUAUCGUUGUAAAUUAGUAUUUUUUUCGUUUGUAUAUAUAGUACCCCGUUUACUAUUUAUUCAUGUUAUGUUAUUUUGUAAAUUUUACGAAGGAUAGGCGACACAUGCCGUAUUCACAAUUCGUGAACCAUUUAUCCUGCCAAGUAAUUUGUUAGAGUAUUAAAUUAUAAGAAUUUUAACGGCAUCUAAUUUUUAAACGAAUGAAAUUUAAAUUCUUUUACCUAAACGCGAUUCAGUUUCUAAUGCUUGCUAUAUCAACGAAGAAGAAAAAAAUACAUAACUAACGCAAAGUCGUCUUUCAAAUUCAAAACUGAACUAUACGUUUAAAUUUAAAAAAAAAUGAAAAAUGAAAAAUCCAUAACGUUUUUCUAUUUAGUCCAAGAAUUUAAAAAAAAACCAAAAGAUAAAAAAUGUUAACCAUAAGCUUAUACUACUAUUUUGAGUAUUUUGUACAUGUUAUUGAAUUGUUGAUGUUGUUGUUAUUGUUAUAUAAUAUUUAUGUAUUCAUUAAGCAUUACGUGCCUUAUGUUUGGUUUUGUUUGUUUUUGUUUAUUUUCCUCUUUUUUUUCUUCUUUUUCAUUUUACAAUUUAGACGAAGCGAUGUUCUUUAAAGUAAAUGUAGAGAUUGAAAGCAUAAUAGUCUGUUGUUUGCCUAACUUCGCCAGAUCUUGUUACAGAACGCAUAAGCUUUUGGCUUUAACUGAUUUUUCUGUUAUAAUUAAUUUUCUUUCUUUUUCUUUUUUCUCUCUUUUUUUUUUUAAAUACAGAAUUUCUUUAUAGAAUUACGUUUUACUGUAGAGAAAAAAAAUAAUCUGUACUUAUUAUACUUAUUAAUACCACCUUUGUGCUUAUAAUAUUAUAUUUAUCAUUAAAUGUUUACUGUGGUACGAUA